AUGCCACGUAUUGUUAAACAGUCUACAUUGGAGGAAUGCAAAAUAGCAAUUCAACUGCACUUAGACGGAAAAUCUGAGCGAGAAAUAUCGAAAUUGAGAAAAAAAAUUAAGUCAGCAGUGCACGAUAUUAUUGCUAGAUACAAUGAAAAUGAUUUCAUUGCAAAUAAGCAUCGUGGAACUCGUCCAAAGAAGCUUUCCUCCAAAGAUGAGAGCAUGGUGCUCAGAGAAGUGAAGAAAAAUCUCUUCAUUUCUGCUCCAAAAUUAACUGCGAUGGUUAAAGAAGCUUCUAUGGUGGAGCCAGAGGCUGAAUUUAAUAUCACAUCUUGGAACUUGCCGGCUAACAUUGAACUCGCCGACGAAAAUUUCUUCAAGCCAACACGUGUAGACCUACUCAUCGGCACAGAAAUCUUUUUCGACAUUCUGUCUAUUGGGCAAAUAAAGUUAGCACCUGGGUUACCGUCACUACAGAAGACUCUAUUAGGUUGGGUCGUCUCUGGCCGAUAUCAACGACCUACAGAAAAUUCAUCAUCAAUUUGCCUACUUUCGGUUGAGGAAUCAGUGGAUGCCAAUUUGCAACGCCUCUGGAAGCUGGAUGAACCAUCAAAGGCAGACAAGUGGACCACUGAGCAAAGGAAUUGUGAACAAAGUUACAUGCAAACCGUGCAGAGAAACGUCGAGGGGAGAGUUGUUGUCAAGCUACCGUUUAAAGAGGCCCCUCAUUGUCUUGGCCAGUCGUACGCAACUGCACUUCGAAGAUUUAUUGCUCAGGAGCGGCGUAUAAGGCGCUGUCCUGACCUUCACAAACGAUACAUCGCAUUUAUGGAAGAGUAUUCCCGCCUUGGGCAUAUGAGCGUCGUUAAAAAGGUGGAUUUUGAUAAUCCACAUUACUAUGUGCCUCAUCAUUAUGUCCUGAAGCCAACUAGCACAACAACUAAGCUCAGGGUAGUAUUCGACGCCUCCUGCAAGAGUACAACCCAAAGGUCACUCAACGAUAUUCUUGCUGUGGGGCCUACUCUGCAGAACGAUCUAUACAUUUUGCUACUACGGUUUCGAUUAUAUCGUUACACACUUACUGCUGAUAUCGUAAAGAUGUAUAGACAAAUUUUGGUGGAUAAAAACGAUCGCAAAUUCCAAUACAUCUUAUGGAGAAGUACGCCCCACGAUGAAAUACGCACUUACCAGUUAAACACGGUAACAUAUGGUACGGCGUCCGCUCCUUAUCUCGCAGUACAGAGCCUCAACUACAUUGCUGAUGCAUACGAAUCGGAUUAUGCGCUCGGUGCCAGCACAAUUAAAACGUCAUUCUACGUUGACGAUCUUUUAUGCGGUGUCGAUACCCUGGCAGAGCUAUCACGAAUCAAAUACGAAGUCACAGAGGUACUGAGGCGUGGUUGUUUCCCCUUGGCGAAGUGGCAUUCUAACCACCAUAAAUUUCGAGAAGAUGACACCAUGAAAGAUUUAAAUAUCGACGAAAGUUUUACAACGAGCACUUUAGGUAUAAAAUGGGACCAAAUACGAGAUAUUUUCUUAUUCUCUUUUCAGUCGAAACAACCUGUGAAUGGACGUGGAACCAAGAGAUCAAUCUUAUCUAUUGCAUCAGCGCUUUUCGAUCCUUUGGGACUUCUCGCUCCGGUUAUUAUUACUGCAAAGAUCAUAUUACAAGAAAUAUGGCUCUUGAAGCUGAAUUGGGACGAGUCGGUGCCUCAGAACCUACAAACGGCAUGGGAACGAUUUCUCAAGGACAUAACGCAUCUGAGUACGCUCUCAGUUCCAAGGUAUUCUGGAUCAACAAAUCACAACUCUUCACAAAUUCAUGGGUUUUGUGAUUCGUCUAUUCGAGCCUAUGGCUGUGCUAUUUAUCAUCGCUCGAAAUCAACAGAAGGCAAACGUACUGUCACCCUUUUGACUGCCAAGUCGCGUGUAGCUCCAAUUAAGAAGCAAUCGUUACCUAAACUCGAGUUGUGGGGCGCCUUGUUGUUGGCACGUCUACUAGCAAAAAUAAAACCUCUAUUCAACGCCAACACCACUGUGUUUCUGUGGACUGAUUCACAAAUUGUGCUACAUUGGCUUGAACUGCACUCAGCUACCCUAUCAACAUUCGUCGGUAAUCGAGUGUCAGAGAUUCAAGAUCUCACAGUAGACGUGAGUUGGCGGCAUGUCCCAACAAAGUGCAACCCGGCUGAUAUCGUGUCUCAAGGUUGUACUGCACUUGAACUAAGCAGUUCAAUUUGGUUUUCAGGACCAUCAUUCUUACAACUUGAACCCGAAAACUGGCCCAGCAAUCAAUGUGGCCAACUCGAUAUGGAAGAAGUUUCUCGAGAAAAACAAUGUGACCAAGAAAACGUGCAUGAAUGGCUAGAAUUUGACGAGGAUGAUCCUGGCUACGAAUUGUUGACUGACGACGAUAUAAUAGCACAGGUUCAAGUUCCUGAAGAUGACGACGAUGAAGAAGAAAUUAGUGAUGACAUCGUCUCAGAUGAAAAAUGUCCGACUUUAAAUGAUUAA